GCAUGUCAAGGAAUGAUUUGAUUCAGUGGUGAGACAGCCAGAUAUUUGCAUGUCAUGAGGUCUAAGGGAAACAAACUGACCCUCAGCCUUCCCCCAUCCAGGCAAAUUCUGAUGGGACCCUCAAAUAGCUCUGGCAAAGUGUUCUGUUUCUUUUGGACUUGAUGAGUGCUUGUUUCUAUAAAGACGUGUAAUUAUUUCUUCCUUUAUUUCACUGCGCAAGUUACCAAGAGAAGCAGCUGAAAACUAAAUCACUGGGAGUUGACCAGUUGGCAACCUUUGUACGCUGCUUUUAACAACCCCAGGCCAGUGCCAUGGAUACAGCCUGAUGAGCAGACCCAUCUAAUGGCAAAGGUGCAGUGAAUGGCUUCUUUUGAUCCCACUUCUGCAGAUCCCGUGGAGGGCCCCAGCAGGAUGGCCAGCAGUCACACAGACUGCCAUUUCUGCCUGCAGUCCCUGCGUGGCAGGCAGUUCGCCCUAAGAGAGGAGAACGCUUACUGCGUUCCGUGCUACGACAGCCUGUACGCCAACCCCUGCCACGAGUGCAAGCAGCCCAUCGAGUGCAGCUCCAAGGAUCUGGCCUACAAAGGCCGCCACUGGCAUGAGGGGUGCUUCAGGUGUGCCAAGUGCAGCCGCUCACUUGUGGAGAAACCAUUUGCUGCCAAGGACGAGGUCCUGCUGUGCACUGAGUGCUACUCUGAUGAGUAUUCAUCCAAGUGUUUUCACUGCCAGAAGACCAUUAUGCCAGGUUCACGUAAAAUGGAAUUUAAGGGAAGUUCCUGGCAUGAAUCCUGUUUUGUUUGCCAGUAUUGUCGGCAGCCAUUGGGAACAAAACCAUUGAUCACCAAAGACAAUGAGAAUUACUGUGUGCCUUGUUUUGAGAAGCAAUUUGCUCACCAUUGCUAUGCUUGCAAAAAGGUUAUAACUUCUGGAGGCGUGACCUACAAUGACCAGCCUUGGCAUAAAGAUUGCUUUGUGUGUGUUGUGUGUAAAACUCAGCUGUCUAGACAAAGAUUCAUUUCCAAAGAUGAGCACCCAUACUGUGUAGACUGUUUCAACAAAUUUUAUGCCAAGAAGUGUGCUGCUUGCAAGAAAACUAUUACAGCUCUUGGAUGUGCCAAAUACAUCUCGUUUGAGGAGCGUCAGUGGCACGGGGAAUGCUUUAACUGCGCCAAGUGCUCAGUCUCCCUGGUGGGCCAGGAAUUCCUCACUCGGCAGGACGACAUCCUUUGCUACAAAUGUGGCUCUGCUUCCUAGCCCUGUGGAAAGCUGUACUGCUGCAGUAUUCUCACUCUGUAACAAUGUCCUUCAUUGCUCUGCUGUAAGAAAACCAGAAAAAAGGUACUGCAGUUAUUUAGUCAUUCAAGUAACUUUCCAACAGCAGUUUAACUCCGUCAUAGUUCUCAACUGCUUAUAAACAAAAAUUAAACAACCGUCCCAUACUGGUUAAUAAAAUGAUGCAGAAAAGAUUUGUAUAUAUUUUAGGCCUAAUUCCAGUAUGUUUUCCUUGUAACACACUGCACUCUGCUGUUAGAAGCUUAAAAAUUUAUCUUUUAUCGCCUCUGAACCAGGGAGGAUUGUGUAAAGUCUGUUUGGCAUAUGAAUAAUGAUGAGGCAUUAGCACUGAUUCACAGAUACAGACCUUGGCAUGGAAAGCUGGCCACAAGCAUUUUUCUAUUGGGUCAUAGCAUUGAAGAGAACACCUUGUAAAUAUAUUCUUCCAUACUUUGAGCAAAAAAGAUGCUGACAAAGCAGGCAGAAAUUGUGAGUAGGAGAUGCUUUCCCAUUGAGGACCCCAGAGUCAGAGAGGCCCAUUCCAAGGGCCAAUUCAAUGGAAAAAAAGGUAAUUUUCCUUCCCUUACUGGGAUUGCUAACCAAAGAAGUCACCCAAAACACUACAGCACAAGUCCUUUUCCAAAACUGGGUAACUGUACUUAAUUGUUUAGGCAUAGCUGCUCUAAAACAUAAAUAAACCCAUAUUUUCAGCUACUGCAGGAGGUAAGGAUUGCCCAAGAUUGAAUUGUGCUGACAUUUUCCCAUAACUAAUAUGCCUUAAGACUCUGUUUCACUGUCUUUGCUAUACCUUCAAAUACAGCCCUAAAAUACCUUUUUGUUGUUGUUAGUUGACACACAAGCCAACUCAUACUGGUCCCUUUAACUUUGUGCUUUCCUUCAUUCAAAACAGCUUUGCCAGCAAUUGAAGCCCUGUAAAGACCUUACCUGCUUGGGCUUUGAUUCACGGUUCGUUCCUCUGCUUGUAAAUUCCUGCUUGUGGACAGCAGGCCAUAAACUCUCCAGAACCAAUUCCUGAUUCAUUUCACCAUUAGUUAAAACAUGUGUUUUCUAACAGUAUGUCAAGAAUUAGUAAUUGUCAUUGCAAGCCAGGCAGCUCUUGCUUGCAGUACAGAGCCUUACUUUCUAGGUAGCCAGCCUUUAUAUCUGCUUGCUGAGCUCCAGUACUCAAAAGUCUACCAUUAAAGGUGAUCUAGAGCUGAGUUACAAACAUCUAUCUUCUUCCUUCUUCCACAGUGUGUGUUACAGAGCCACUGUGGAUGGAGCAGUGAUAUUAGGAAUGGCAGGUUCUGCACUGUCUAGCAGAGUUUGAGUUUUCAUCUCGCAGGUCUUUAAGUCAUUCUUCUUUAGACUCUGACCUUGAGUGCACAGAGUUAUUUGGCUGACUUGAAUGGCCUUUAUUCAUAUUGGAGACAGCCACUACUUUAGGUAGAAAAGUGAAAAACAGAAAAAGAAUAUGUGUGCAUGGCUAAGUGCCCAUGGCAUAAAAUCAGUAUGGAAAAUGACUGACCAAUGAGUACAUAGCAGUCUGUUGUCAGUCAAUAAAAUAUUGAUCUUUUGCUCUAUGUGGUGUUAAUUUUUGGUUUUCAUUUUCUUCUUUCAUGGUAGUUUUUAUUGCAGUUUAAAGUUUGAUUAGUUUAUGUUUUUCAUUUUAUCCCAGCUGCUUCCUCUAUUUACACAUCUCCUAUGGCUGACACAGGUUCUUGGUAAGGCUUAGAUUCCCAUAAAUAGAAUUAUGUUUUAUUGCCUUAUAUGUAUAAAUACAUAUAUAUAUAUACAUACAAACUCACAGACAUAGUGGUUCACAAUUACGUAUGAUGUUCUAAAACUUUGCACUGAGCUACAGAAAUUAGUAAAUGUUAAUGGUCCUUAAUUUUUUUAAUUAAAAUUAUGAAUCACCAUAUUUGGGUUUGUCUGUGGGGUCUACCUUUUGUUUGUUUGCGUGAAAUAACAUUCAGCACAUCUCAAGAAUGUGAUUAGGGCCCUUUAUUCAGUGUCCUCUGAAGAAUCAUACAUCUUAAUUAAAAGUUGAUGCAGGAAUUACCAGGCAGCCUCCUCAGACAUGACAGAGUCACAGGUCAGACACACUGAUCAUGAUAAUCCCAGUCUUCCAGCCUUAACAUUUAUGAAAAUGAAAUUCUUCUCUGACUCAUCAACUAAUCAUAUUUUUAGAAAUACCAACUGAAUUAUUUAUUUCUUCUGCAGUAAAUACAGUACAGUCAAAUCUGACACUGAGCAUUUUCACUUCAGAAUAAUAGUAAGAAAUAAAUGUGAUUACUAUAUAUAGUCUGAAUAAAAGUUAUAUUAGAGAGCAAAUUGCUGUUUCCUGGUCUCUGUCACCAGCUUCCAAUGCCUGAAU